AUGGCUACUUCCAAAACCCAGACCGCCGCCUCGCUCACGGAUGAAAAGGAGCCAAAUACCACAGUGGUCGAGUCCACGAGGCUUCUGGCUAAUGACCAAACACCUUGGUACCAGAAACCUAACCUUAGGAAGCUCUACCUCCUUCUGGUCCCUGCUGCCAUAGGAGUAGAGAUGACUUCGGGCUUCGAUGCCAGCGUCUUAAAUGGACUCCAGGCUGUGGAAAAGUGGAAUGAACGAUUUGGUAACCCAGAUGGUGCCAUCUUGGGCGUCAUCACCUCAAGCAUGACUUUCGGAUCCAUGUUUGGCAUCCCUCUUGUCCCUUACUUCAACGAUCGCUGGGGCAGGAAGCCAGGAAUUGUACUAGGCUCAGUGAUCGUCAUCCUUGGUGUUGCCAUCCAAACUGCCGCCAUCAACAUGGCCAUGUUGAUUGCGUCAAGAGUCAUUAUGGGGUUUGGUCUUCCUUUUGCCACUGCCGGGGCCGCCGCUCUUCUCUCGGAGCUUUGCCAUCCGAAAGAGCGUGCUUCCAUCAGCGGCAUCUUCCACGAGAGCUGGUAUGCCGGUGCAAUUCUUGCUGCAGGUAUCACGCUAGGUACUUUUGAUUGGGGGACUAGCUGGAGCUGGCGCCUCCCGACCCUAUUCCAGGUGCUUCCCUCACUGCUACAGCUGUCUUUCAUCUGGUUUAUCCCCGAGUCUCCUCGUUUUCUGAUCGCCAACGACCGCACUGAGGAAGCCCUAGCUAUCCUGGUCAAGUAUCACGCUGAAGGGGACGAGAACUCACCUUUCGUGUCGGCUGAAUACGAGGAAAUUACCGAGACGCUUAAGAAAGAGAGAGAAAGCAGCUCCCGACCUUGGAAGGAGCUUGUUUCCACUUCAGCAAACGUGAGACGUGUGCUUAUUGCCAUUGGGGUUGGCCUCUUUGCUCAGUGGUCUGGAAAUGGACUCGUCUCUUUCUAUCUAUCCAAGGUCCUAAAAACCAUCGGCAUUACCUCCCACCUCCAGCAGAACCAGAUCAACCUUGGCCUCAUGUGCUGGAACUUGGUCACCGGUGUUGCUGGGAGCUAUGUCCAAAAGUUUGCACGCCGACGCGUACAGUGGUUGGUCUCGUACGGCGGCAUGACUCUUGUAUAUGCUUGCUGGACAGCUUCGUCAGCCGUCUACUCCAACGACACUAGCAACGAACACGCUAGUCGGGCCGUUGUAGCGCUCAUCUUCGUUUACUACGGGUUUUACAACAUCAUGAUGCCGUUGGCAUACAUCUAUAUCACCGAGGUGUUCCCGUAUCUGCAGCGCAGCAAAGGUAUGGCUAUUAUGCUGUGGCUCAACCGUGUUGGCGGCGGUUUCAAUGGAUUCGUCAACCCUAUCGCCUUGCGUGCCAUUCAAUGGCGGAUGUACAUCGUUUACACGUGUUGGCUCGCGGUAGAGACCACCAUUAUCUACUUCCUAUACCCCGAAACUCAGGGAUUGUCACUGGAGCAAGCUGGCGGGGUUGUCGACGGAACAAAGUUAGAUGAGGUCGAAAAUGAGAAGGGAUAUUCUGACUCUAAACGGGCCGAGUAG